GGUUGCUUGCCCUGGCAUCAAGGGCAAUCUGGCAACAGGCCGCACCGAUCCCGACUUGCACCGAACUGCACCGCACACCGUCCACCCUACGCCCUCACGGCUCGACGCUUGACGCGGUAGGGAUUCUGGUGUUUAAUUUCCUCUCGACCCAAUUGUUUCGCCUACCCUUUCAAUAAUUCGAAUAACCACCAACAACCCCCACUUUACAACGUAACACCGCCCUCGUCGUCUCUCCCCGAGUCGAUCCCUAUCCGACCUUCGCCAUGGUCCGGUUGAGAGAGAUCCCGCGGACUGCGGCCUUCGCCUGGUCUGCCGGUCCGAACCCAGUAUUGGUUACAGGCACCAGGUCCGGCGCAGUCGAUGCCGACUUCUCAGACGAGACCAAGCUCGAGCUAUGGGACCUCAACCUAGACGCUCUCGAUCAGGGCCUGGAGCUACAGCCGGUAGCCGGCAUCAGCACCGAGUCCAGAUUUUACGACAUAGCAUGGGGCGCCCCCAGCGACGAGCACCCGCGGGGUGUCAUCGCCGGCGCGAUGGAGGACGGCUCGCUACAGUUGUGGGAUGCCGCGAAGCUUCUUGCUGGCGAGGAGGCAGUCAUGUCGCGCGAUACCAAGCAUACCGGGCCGAUCAAGGCACUACAGUUUAACCCCCUGCGCCCCCAAGUACUCGCCACCGCUGGCUCAAAGGGCGAACUCUUCGUCUGGGACAUCAACGACACCUCGACCGCCUUCCGCCUCGGCACCGCUGCCGCCCACGACAUCGACUGCGUGGCCUGGAACCGGAAGGUGUCCAAUAUUCUGGCGACGGGCAGCGCUGGCGGUUUUGUGACAGUGUGGGAUCUGAAGACCAAAAAAGCCUCGUUGACCUUGAACAACAACCGCAAGCCUGUCAGCGCGAUCGCUUGGGACCCGACCAACUCCACCAACCUCCUGACCGCCACCUCCGACGACAACACCCCGCUGAUUUUGCUGUGGAACCUCAGGAACUCUCAGGCGCCCGAGAAGACCCUGCAGGGGCACGACCAGGGCAUUCUGUCAUUGUCGUGGUGUCAGCAGGACCCGGGCCUGUUGAUCUCCUGCGGCAAGGACAACAGGACCCUCGUAUGGAACCCGCAGACUGGGGAGCGAUAUGGCGAGUUCCCGGAGGCCACCAACUGGACCUUCUUGACGCGCUUCAACCCUGGCAACCCCAACCUCAUGGCCACCGCCUCGUUCGACGGCAAAAUCACCGUCCAGACGUUGCAGAACACGAAUGCCUCGGUUGUGCCCGCCGCACAAACUAGCACGGACGACGAUGACUUCUUCGCCAAGGCGCCCACCCAACUUCAGGGCGCGUCGUUCUCCCUCGUGAGGGCGCCAGUUUGGCUCGAGCGGCCGGUCGGUGUUUCUUUCGGUUAUGGCGGCAAGCUUAUCACCUUUAAAAAGAAUGACACGCCUGCCGGUCAACCCAGAUCCUCCAAGAUCCAGAUAUCCAGCUUCUCGGUCGAUUCCGAUAUCGGCUCUGCUACCGAGAAGUUCGAGGAGGCGUACAGGCGCGGAGAUGUCGCCGCCAUCUGCGACACCAACGCUGCUGACGCCCAGACGGAGGAAGAGAAGGCUGACUGGCAGGUGUUGAAGGCGCUGAGCGAGUCAGACGGGCGCACCAAGAUCCUCGAGUAUCUCGGUUUCACCAAGGACGAGGAAGCCCCCAGCUCUCCCGAACAGGCGGAGGCCACCGAGCCCAAGGAAGAGCCGAAGGAGACGGGGCUGGCCCCGCCCCAACCCAACGGCGACGACGCGAAGAAGAAGCACAAGCGUGUGACGAGCAUGUGGGGUGAUCUUGACGAGGGUGAUGAUUUCCUGUCUGACCUCACCCCUGCCAAGGGCGCCAAGACGGACAAGCCCUUCCAGCUGCUGGGCGAAGGCAACACGGCCGAGGACCAGGUAACCAGGGCUAUCAUCCUCGGUAACUUUGAGAAGGCCGUCGAUAUCUGCCUGAAGGAGGACAGGGUCGCUGAUGCCUUUAUCCUCGCCAACUGCGGCGGAAAGGAGCUUGUUGACAAGGUGCAAACUUCCUACCUCGCUCAGAAGAAGGGCAGCCCGAGCUACUUGCGGCUUAUCAACUCGGUCAUCGGCAAGAACCUGUGGGACGUCGUGUACAACGCGGAUCUUGGCAAUUGGAAGGAGACCAUGGUCACGCUCUGCACCUUUGCUGAGCCCUCCGAGUUCCCCGAUCUUUGCGAGGCCCUCGGCGACCGAAUUUACGAGUCUGGCUCGAGGAAGGAUGCCUCCUUCUGCUACCUCGUGGGCUCCAAGCUCGAAAAGGUGGUGGAUAUCUGGGUUGUUGAGCUCCAGGAAGCGGAGCAGGCCGGGCUACAGGAGGCCAGCAACGACUCCACCUUCUCGAUCCACGCCAGGUCGCUGCAGCACUUCAUCGAGAAGGUCACCGUCUUCCGCCACGUCAUCAAGUUCGCCGACGACGAGAAAGAACUCGCGGAGGGCUGGAAGCUUGGGUCGCUGUACGACAAGUAUACUCAGUACGCGGAUAUCGUCGCCGCCCACGGCCAGUUGGCUGUCGCGCAGAGAUACCUGGACCUCCUUCCGACCAACUUCCCCGCCGCCGAAGUGGCCAGGAACCGCGUCAGGCUCGCUACCCAGAAGGCUGCCCCCCAGGUCCCUCAAGUUGCCCAGCGUCAAACCGCCCCCAUCUCUCGUGCGGCCUCCCGUGGCCCAGCGCCGAUGGGCUACCAGCAGCCAGCGUCAAUCCCCCCGCCCGGCCCCAGUCACUCCAACCCCUACGCGCCACCCGCUCCAGUCCAGGCCGUUGCGCCGUCGCCCAAUCCGUACGCGCCUUCUACCGCGUCCCAAUUUGCGCCGGCCGGAGCGUCCCCGUACGCACCGGCUGGGUAUACGCCUUCCGCCCCGGCACCCGGGGGAUAUGGCGCCCCCCAGACCUUCACUCAGCCAGGAGCGCCGGUCCCUCCCCCUCCGAGAAACACUGGUCCUCCGCCCAAGAUCCACAAAGAUCCGGGCAGCUGGAAUGAUGUGCCUAUGGUCACAAGGCCUCCGGUCCGCAAGACUACACCGAGCGUGGCACCUAUCACGGGGCCUUUUGGCGGCCAGGCAGGGUUGCAAAGCCCUCCGCCUACCGGGCCUUAUCAGCGGAGCGCGCCCACUCCUCCGCCUCCGCCUCCCAAGGGAUCUGCCCCCCCUCCUCGCAGCGUGACAUCACCACCUGUUGGGCCGCCGCCGUCGGGCCAGUUCCCCGGGCGUCCGGCUUCGGUGACGUCAAACCCCUCCAACCCUUAUGCGCCUCCACCGGUGGCAGCAGGCGCCGGGAUGCCCUCUCCGAUGGUCCCUCCGCCCGCUGGACGGACCGCAUCCCCAUACAACGCUCCCCCCGCCGGUCCCCCGCCGUCCAACAGAUACGCGCCGGCACCGUCAGCGCAGCCAUACGGCCACGGGCCCACAUCCACCCCGCUAGCGCCUCCUCCGGCUAACCCGUAUGCACCUGCACCGGCGGCUCAACAACCCAUGGCACCUCCUCCCCAGCAAUUCACCGCGCCGCCACCUCAGGCCUCUCGGCCACCCGUCGGGCCCCCGCCCAUGUCGGGACCUCCCCCGGCCGCGGGCGGCCCCCCGCCAGCAGCCCGAGCCCCCCCGCCGCAGCAGACCCCUCCGCCGCCGCGCGCGUCGGCGCCUCCCCCGCAAGCGGAGCGGCACCCGGCGGGCGACCGGUCGCACAUCCCGCCCGGCGCGCAGCGCAUGGUGGAGCUCCUGAGCCAGGACAUGCAGCGCGUGGCGUCCAAGGCGCCGGCGACGUUCGCGCCGCAGGUCAAGGACACGCAGAAGCGGCUCGGCCUGCUGUUCGACCACCUCAACAACGGCGAGCUGGUCCGCCCGGACACGGUCGAGCAGCUGACGGCGAUUGCCGAGGCGAUUGCCGCUAAGCAGUAUGAUGCUGCGUCUAAGGGGCAGAUGGAUAUCUUUAAGGAUAAGGUGGAGGAGUGUGGGCAGUGGAUGGUUGGGCUGAAGAGGCUGAUUAGCAUGAGCAAGGCUACGCCUUGAUUGUGUUACGGGGUGGAUUCAGGGGUUGGUUCAGGGGUAGGUUCGGGGCGGGGAGUGAAGAACGGGCGGUUGUGUUUAUGGUUAGGAUUAGAAUGUAGCCAGGCGAAGAGAAAAUGCGAGUUGAUAGAUUUAUG